AUGGUUAACAGACCAGAAUCAGAUGAAGUACUUGAUCGAUAUGGCUUUUUUGUUUCACCGGGGGAAUCUCAUAUCGAAGAAACAGUAGAUGCAGCAGUAGCUCGCCGUCGAGAACUAAAAUGGCUCGAUAUGCUUACGCAAUGGCCAUCAUUUAUUGCGUCACGUUUUGAUAAAAUAAAAGAACGUUGCCGAAAAGGUAUACCAGGAUCUGUACGUGGUCAAGCCUGGUAUCAUUUAUCGGCUGCUAAAUAUCGACAAGAAAAUGAAGAUCGAAAUUGUCCGAUGGAAAGUUUAUUUUACUAUUAUUUAACAAAAACACCGGAUGCACGUGUUCUUGACGAUAUAAAAAAAGAUCUAGCAAGAUCAUUUCCUGAUCAUGAAAUGUUUCGAGAUGAUGGUUGCGGACAAAAUAGUUUAAAUGAUGUAUUGAGAGCAUAUGCAAUACAUGAUCCUGAUGUGGGUUAUUGUCAAGCACAGGCGCCUAUUGCAGCUAUUCUAUUAAUGCAUCUACCACCAGAACAAGCGUUCUGGGUAUUUGUUCAAAUAAAUGAAGAAUAUGUUAAAGGAUAUUUUAGUGAUGGAUUGAGGGCAAUUAAAGAAGAUGCAUUAGCAACAGAAAUUCUUAUAAAACGUGUUUCGCCGAAAGGUUAUCAUUUACUUCAUAAACUUGAUGUUGAUCCCAUAUUAUAUACAGUCGAUUGGUAUAUGACAUUAUUUUCUCGGACGUACCGUGCACCCCAACUAUAUCGUUUAUGGGAUAUGUUUUUUUGUGAGGGCGUCAAAGUAUUAUUUCGUUUAGCUCUUGUUAUUGUUUAUGAAACUCUUGAAGAUGGCCCAUCUAGUAUUGUGUCACGAGCGCAUAAAUGUGAUAAUGCUAUGGAUAUUGUUACAUUGAUAAAGCAAACUGCUAAACAAUUGCCAUUCAGUGUAUUACUUAGUAAAAUGGAUAAACUUCCAUUAACUGAUAUUGAUCUUGCUCAAGCAUGUAAACAAGCAAGACAAAAGCUUAAUGCAGAUGGAAAAGCAAUGCAAAAUCGCAAAAAAUAA